AGCGAAUAUAUACCAUACCCUGUCUAUUUACCUCUCUUCUUCGUCUGUUUUUUGUCCCCGUUUCACAUCAGACAUGCAGCAACGUCCCACCUGCACUAACGUUCGCAUCCGUUCUACUCGUGAUGCUCAUAAAAUAUUCUAUGCAGUGCAGCUCCGUAUGCUUCCAAUGAUAACAAGGCGCCUUGACGCCGACGAACGUCUCGCGCUAUGUUCUGAGCGUUUCACUGAGGGACGUAGAUGGAGUCCCUCGCGCGUCAGAGAUGAGUUUCUCUUCUACUAUGAGAAAUAUACGCCCCCAGCGGACGCUGGUCAUUCAGGGCCCUCUGAUAAGCAACCCCCUCGCGAUUGGGAUCCCCUGGUAAAGCAAACUUAUUCCGUUUGGGUUGAAACGGACAAGGGUCGCCGCAAGUGGCAUUUAACCGCAUACUUCACUCAGGCUACAGUCGAUGAGCUAGGCACAAUAGAUAACAUACCGGGUGUCGCUGACCUCGUGGUGCCGGAGGGAACCUUCCAAAGCACGCGAGUUGGAAAAACCCGCAAAGGAGAGGAUGGCCGUUCGAGAUCCGAUGUUUUGAAGACAACAAAUUCCACCGUAACCCGGACCUAUGCUCCAUUCCCUACCGCUUAUUCCAAUGACCCAUAUCGUUCAGGUUUGGGUCAGCCUUCCCAGCAGUUUCGUCAGCCGAUAUCUGAUAUCCCUCAGUAUUCGGUACCUCCCCCUCCUCCCCCACCUUCUCUCCCUCCUCUUCGCGCUUCAUACGAAGAUGACUACAAAUACCGUCGUCCUUCCCUCCCUACCAUACCGCAGUCAGAGCAUAGCUCAGGAUUUUAUGGCCGUCGAAGCUCUGCUGACUACUCGCCUGGAAGCGUUCCUUCCUUGGCCAGGACGCGCAUAGAUACAUCAUUGAAGCCCAUUGCUGAUUAUCAUACUUCCAAUGACCAUGGGUCUUCCCCCGCAUUUGCCAAUAUGAGCUUGACAAACCACCCUCCUGCUUCGAGCAGUACAGGUGGUGCACAUCGAGGGUCUGAGGACAUUUACUCCUCCCGGCCUUCUUUCUCGUGUUCAUAUAAUACCCGCCCAUCACGCUCACCGCCGCCCUCUCCUUCGUGUCGCAUCCGACCGCCAUCCACUGUUGGCAAUUUCCAACCUAUCUCUCGAGCGACAGAUGAUGAUUGCAGGGAACCAAGCCACAACGCAUUCUCUCUUGAUCACUCAGCCACCUUCCCGUCCCCUCAUAGCACAUCACAUAUCUCGCUUCCCCCUCCCACACAGCUCUUCCGCUCAGAUCCUCCCCCACAAUAUGAAGUUUCAUCUACUGCGGAUUCAAUUAGUAGCAUUGGACCGCAGCGCGUUGGUCUGGCACCCUUGCAUUCUUUGCAACGCAGUCACCCAUACAAGCGCGACCCUAUGGACGACAGAGCCCUUCGACUUCUAGGUCCACGUUCCGGGUGACUAUUCGCAGGUUGUCUUCCAUCGGAUGAUCGAUGACCAUACGAGCGUGCCACCUGCUUGCGUAAGAACAACAUCUUUCUUGCGUAAGUUUAGCACACUGCGGACCCGC